GGAUGGUUAGACUGUUGUGAAAUUACAAGAAAAUUUUCUGAAGAAUAGCAUGUUUGUGUGUAAAAUUCCAUUAUAGUGCCCAGGAAUAUUCAUUGCUAUAUGUGUAGUGCCUGACAGAGAAGAGAGACUCUUUGAGAAUUGCGAGGGAGAUAAAAGAUAAGACAGUGCCACUUCAAUUAAUCCAACAUUUAGGCGCGACCACCACAGCUUCACACUUUGUAGCCGCUGUGAAUACUUUUAAGAUGAAUAAUCAAUUUAAUAAGAGAGACAAGUGUUGAGCCUUUGGACACUACUUUUCACUGUCUGGGCCGUCAGUCGCAUAAUCCGCGUCACUGGAAGAGCAUCGAGUGAAUUUGUGCAUUUUCGCAAAGUGGCAGCAAUGUUCGGUGGAAGAUUACUUGGGUUGCUGGUGGUGAUGGUGUGUUUGGGUGCAGUGAUGGGAUUUAGAGAUCUGAAAGAUCUCAAAUCGUCUGGGAAGCGAUACUUCCGGCCAAAUGUCUGCGAAUCUGAUCAACACGGCAUGGACGCGAAGAUCGUGUGCUACUGCACGACUCCGGGCAACAAGACGGCAGAUUGCUGGGUCAAUGUGCAUGAUCUCUAUGAGUAUGAUCAAACGUGGAGUGGUUUUGAGAUCAAUAGCGACAUUCGCCAUUUAAUCCUCACCAUGGCGCCAAAUGGACAACUGAACUAUCUGCCCAUGAGAGCUUUGCAGUAUCUGCACAAUUUGCGCUCAUUUACCAUGAUAGCGGCCAGUGUUCCUGUUAUCAAAUCGCACACAUUCUCCUUCCUCUCUCAGCUGGACACCAUUUCUCUGGUGAACAAUCAGAUUGUCACCCUAGAGAAUUAUGCAUUUGCGGAUCUAAGUCGCCUACGAACGCUUAACAUCUCCUUCAAUCAAGUCACUUUCCUCGAUCGCAACGUGUUCCACAAGUGUCGCAACUUAGAAGUGUUAUCACUUAUAGCCAAUAAUAUCUCCAGCAUUCUCGAUGGAGCCUUCAGUGGACUUGAGAAAUUAGACAUUCUCAAGCUGGAUUUCAAUUUCAUCUCCGUCAUAACGCGAGACACCUUCCGAGGUCUAGAUAAUCUCUCCACACUUGGACUGGUUGCCAAUUACAUUUCGAUCCUUGAGGACAACACAUUCGACAACCUUCGAAAUCUCAUAUAUUUGGACAUGAGACAGAAUGCAAUACAAAGUAUAUCGCCACGAACUUUCAACGGUCUCACGAAGUUGCAAUAUUUGAAUCUCGAGCAGAAUGAGCUCAAAAUGCUAGACUCCUUCAUAGUCGAGGGACUUUCGAAUCUCUUCUACCUCAAUUUGGCAAAGAAUCUUCUCACCACCUUUCUUUUGGACGAACAGAGCACACUGUAUUCACGCUUCCAGAAAGAGAAUACGUUAUUUUAUCUUAACGACAACAAUUUAGUAUGUGACUGCCGUUUGAAUUGGGUCUUCAGUCUGCACAGCUCCACCAAGAGUCCCAUCUUCAAGGAGGCCCUCAACUCUCUUCAAUGUGAACUCAUUCAGCGCGAACGAACUGAUUUCGUCUAUAUCCUGCGUCUUAACUUGGAUGAUCUGCCAUGCGAAUACUACUUCAGCACUACAGAGUCCCUAAUAAAAGACCACCGACCACAUCACAACCUUCGGAGACACUAUUACCCUACUAACACUGGCACGGUGAGCUUCGUGUCAGUAUUCCUUCUGAUAUCAAUCGUCCUGUUGGCGUUGCACUAGAGACCAUGUACAUGCGAUUCACAAUAAAA